GUUACUGGCGAUGGCGGCCAUAUGGGGAGACAGUGCCUUUAUCCUGGGCAGAAUUGGAGACCUACGAUCUUUUCAGAUCCAUAUACAUGUUGAUGCCCCUGGUGAACUUAUCAUAUCCACAAAGUUUGAUUUAUCCGAAGAAAAGUUAAAAUUUGGAUCAAAAGCCACUGACUCCAUCACCAAAACUGACACCUCAGAUGAAUUCUCAUACUGCUUUAAAGUUCAACAUCUCCCUCCCAUCAUUUUGACAUGUUUACUGCCCAAAUCCUACCCAAGUCAUCUUCCUCCUUAUUUUACCAUAUCUGUCCAGUGGUUGAAUUCUGUGAGGAUAUCCAGUCUUUGCCACAUGCUGGAUUCAAUAUGGAUGGAUCAACCACAGAAAGAGGUUAUAUAUACCAAUGGGUGA